UUUAAUUGUUCCUUCAAUCAGGGGUUCAGCAUCGCCGCUUAUAGAGAGUGAGACGAAGACACAAGCUCGAAGCGAAAACCAUGGCGGCACCCGUGGCAAAGGAGUCAGUUCAAUGUUUCGGCCGGAAGAAGACCGCCGUGGCGGUCUCUCACUGCAAGCGCGGCCGCGGCCUCAUCAAAAUCAACGGCAAGCCGAUCGAGCUCGUGGAGCCGGAGAUCCUCCGCUACAAGGCGUUCGAGCCGAUCCUCCUCCUCGGCCGCCACCGCUUCGCCGGAGUCGACAUGCGCAUCCGCGUCAAAGGCGGAGGCCACACCUCGCAGAUCUACGCCAUCCGGCAGUCCAUCGCCAAGGCGCUCGUCGCCUUCUACCAGAAGUACGUCGAUGAGCAGUCGAAGAAGGAGAUCAAGGACAUCCUCGGCAGGUACGACAGGACGCUCCUCGUCGCCGAUCCCAGGCGCUGCGAGCCGAAGAAGUUCGGCGGUCGCGGUGCUCGCGCUAGGUUCCAGAAAUCGUACCGUUGAAAUCCUGGUAGUAGCUAUUGCCUUCUGAUAGUAUGCUUCUGGACUAAAAUUCUAGUUUGUUUUUGCUGUUUUGUUAUUUUCUCGAGGCUAUAUCGGAUCAUUAAUGAACAUGCCUUUCGUUUUGAGCUAUAAUUCGGAAAAGUGUUGAAUUCUGAUGUGUUUUUAAAUGUUUAUCAUCGUUGUGUCUUCAGUUGAAUUGAUAUCCAACCCUUGAAUUGUUGUUUCUCUUUAA